AUGGCGAAGACCGUGGUGGUGGGUGGAGGUAUUGGCGGCUGUGCAGCAGCUCUUGCGCUACACCGGGCUGGCGCCGAUGUGAUCAUCUACGAGGCAGCGCCGGAGCUGAAAGAGCUGGGCGCCGGGAUCAACGUCCAAGCAGUGGCUGUGAGUGUUUUGACCGAUCUGGGCAUUCCGCUGGAGAAGUUCCACGCCCCCUCAGAAGGGGAUGCCAUCUUCACCAGCGCAGUGGAAUACUUCACGGCCGAAGGCUUCUUCAUCUCUUCGGAGAAGGUGGGGCUGGCAGCAGGUGCUUCACAGCCGCAGUUGUCGGCGCACCGCGCCAAGUUCCAUAGCACGUUGUUGGCGGAGUGCCUUCGCGUCCUGGGUCAGGAGAAAGUGAUCCUGAACAGCCGCUUCACACAGCUUGAGAGCUUUGAGGAUCACGUGAUCCUCCACUUCGAAAAGACAACCACCAAAGACCCGAUGCCUCCCGUGCGCUGUGACUUCGCCGUGGGCGCCGAUGGCUUAAAGAGCCGUGUGCGCAGAGCCCUGCUGGGCGAUGGCGCGCCCAGGUACACCGGACGCAUGAUUUAUCGCGGCCUGUGCGAGGUGGAAGCCAUUCACGCCGAUGGUUGUACGGUCUCUCUAUGUGGCCAUGAGAACGGCAACUUCAUUUGCUAUCCGAUUAGCGAAGGGAUGCGCGAAAAGGGCCAGUUCCUUUGCAACUGGGGCCUUUGUGUUUUAAGGACGCACCCCGGUGGAGAAGAGAAGUGGACCUCGGAGGCAACACUGGAGGAGAUUCGAGAGGAGCUUGAGGAGUUUGGUGGAAACCGCUUUGCAGGACUCACACCUCUCCAGCUGGCCGAGAGGACCGAGAAGAUCAUCGGAUGGAGCUUGUUUGACCGGGAUCCCUUGGAGUCCUUUGACUUCGGCUCUGUGACCUUGCUGGGCGACGCCGCCCAUCCCUUGCUGCCCUAUGGCAGCCAAGGGGCCACCCAGGCCAUCAUGGAUGCAGAGGCACUUGGUGUGAGCUACCAGAAUGCCAUGGCCAAAGGCACAGGCAUCCGCGGCUGUGUGAAGGAGUACUCUGAUCUACGGUGCGAAGUCACCGGGAAGGUGGUCAUUGCCAACCGUGACAUGGGAUCCACUGCCGUGCUACGUGUGGCUGCCGUGGAGACCCAGGGCAUGGCUGUUGAUGAGAAGCGCACCUGGUGUGCUGAGCAUGGCAAGCGCCUCCACGACGAGGUGAUCCAGAAAUACCGCGCCUCGAUGCCAAAGAGCGUUCGAGCCGUGGCAGAGCGGUGA